AUGAAAACUAGUAUUAAGAUGAAAAGGCAGGAGAAACGGACUUUGAGAGGACAUAGUUGCGUUAGUAAUCCAGAAAAGAAAACUUUUCGUAAUUUAGCUCGUGCAUCUCUAAGGAGUAUAUCAUCUGAGACCAGUGGGCAUCAAUCAAGUCCAACUCUGUCCAAGGAAGACUUAAAUAUACAUGACAAGAUGAACGAACUCAUGACUUCCCUCCCCGCAACUGCCGACGAUGCUGACACGGUACAGGAUGACUCAACGGAAAAAAUGACCAUCCGCAGUCAGUAUACCAAUCAAAUGUUUGCAGAUGUAAAUCGACUUUUCAACUCCCAGCUUACUAGCCACAAAGAGAUUUUUGCGAUCCUGGCUGCUGUAACCGAGGUUAUAAAGAAUCAGGGUGGUACUGAAUCGAAUGUGGAAUAUUUUGCAGCUUUGAUGACUACUCUUGAAUCUUCCUCUGAAAUAGAAGUUCUAACAGCAACAGCUUAUUUACUGCGACUGGUUAUCACGAAAUUACCAGACAGUAUAUUACUUGCCAAAUUUCCAGCUGCUAGCAGAAUUAUAACUACCCUGCUAAUUGAUCAUAUGGAUUCAGAAGAUUCUUCGCUAGUUAAAUCGCUAUUACGGUGUCUGCAGGGAUUUCUAAUUGUUCAGGAAGCAACUGUUUGGAGUCUCCCCACUACAGUUCGAUCGUUUGAGAUAUUACUUGGUUUUACUAGUCAUGCUAAACCAAAAUAUAUAAAAAUCUUUGCUGAAAAUUUACUGAAAAUUAUGCUGAAAAAAGAUACGAUACGUACUACUGUAUGCUUGGAAAUCUUUUAUUCAUUAUUUUCAUCCGUCAAUGAUGCUUCGAAUUUAACCGUCGAAUUAUCUAGCCAGAUCAUAAUGGUACUAUAUGAAUACCGCCCGAACGAGAAUGAUAUUGAACCUACAGUUGCUUGGCUAACAGUUAUGAUGCAGGGUGCCAUUUGUCGCUCUAAACUCAAUUGCGAAAUGGGAUUUAUUGGCUUGCCUCCCUUAUUUUCCGCUUGUAUGCCUUACUUUCUUUCUAAGAAUGAACGUAUACUAUCAUCAACAACCCGCGUACUUAAGACUGUGUUAGAGGAAUGCGUCCCUCCAGUGUCCGAGGAUAUUGUUAGUGCGUUGUUAUCAGAACAUACUGAUGAAAAUACUCCGGCACAUAAACUAAUGAGAUGUGUUGAAUCAGGCUUAAAGUAUAAAUAUCAGAAUUCUUGGAAUUAUAUUCUACAAGUAGUGGUAUCAUAUCUAAAGGUUUUAGGGAAAGAAUGCAAAGAAUUAUCUAAGAGAGUGGGUAUUAAACAAAUAUUUGGAUAUAAGUUAACCUAA